CUCGAAAAUCGGAAGUUGAAACGAGCUUUUAACCGCCUAACCGGAAACGUUAUAAAAGAGCAGAGAAACUGCUCUCAGACUAGGGAAAACACAGCUUUCAACUGCAGUUCGAACCAGCGUGGGAAUAUUGAACUUUUAAAAGUCGAGAAACACAAAAUUGGAUGUUUGUAUCAUAAAGAGACACCACUGACCACCGAACGACCCACCACCCGUUCUUCCACGACAACCUCCAAACGGUCCAAUCCUACAGACGCGCCAAUGCUCAACUACAUAUUCGACGUACACAGUACCGUGAACAAGCAUCAGCAUUAUCAUGAUCAUCGAUGGGGUCCAUAUUUCGAAGGUGAAAGUCAGAACAUAACUGUACAGGCUGGAGCGACCGUCAAAUUGGACUGCAGAAUAUCUUUACUUCAGGACAAAACUGUCUCCUGGUUACGCAGACAGGAAGACGGUGAAAAGAUGAGCCUGUUGACAUUUGCUCAACAGACGUACACUGGGGAUUCGAGGUACACUUUGGAAUUUCAGUAUCCCGACAACUGGCGGCUACAAAUCAAAGACGUCAACAGCAGUGACGAAGGACAGUACGAGUGUCAGAUUAGCACGCAUCCCCCUAAAUUCAUACACGUCAACCUGCACAUAAACGCGCCAUCCGUACAAAUAGUCGACGCCAUGGGCGAACCGCUGAGGGACAAAUAUUAUGAAGCCGACAGCACAAUCGAAUUACUGUGCGUCAUCAAACACAUAGCUAUGCAAAUGCAGUACAGUGUGGUGCAGUGGCUACACGAUAACAGAACUUUAAACUACGAUACCACAAGGGGUGGUAUAAGCGUAAAAACGGACCUGAUGGAAGUGGGGGCUAAUUCCACCCUUAGCGUGGCAAGGGUCGGACCGUCGGAUAGCGGAAACUACACGUGUCUACUGACAACAAUGCCAGAUCAGCCUGCCACGGUCCACGUGCACGUUUUAAAUGGAGAAAGUCUAGCGGAGCUGCAUCACGGCGUUGCCAGCAGGCGUCGCGGCGCUGACACCAGCAGCGUGAUGCUACUCGUGUUCCUGGGAUUUGUUUUAUCCUGCCUGGUGCCGAGAUGAAGAACCGACAAUGGCGCGCAUUAAAUAGAAGUGCUCGAGACGAUACGAACGAACGAACGUGCGAGCAACCUAACGAGAAUUAAAUGAACUGCCUCGCGUCCGGGAGUGCUUAGGACAAUGCGGACUUUUUAUAUCAUUGAGAGUGGAGAACGGCGUCAAAGCGUCACAUCAAAAAUGGCUACCGGAGAAGAAGAAAAGAGAGAGAGGGAGAGGGGGAGAGAGAGGGGGAGAGAGAGAGAGAGAGAGAGAGAGAGAGAGAGACCUUUCCUGCACGUCCCGUCUUUCGUAUUGUCCAUUCAGUAGCAGGGAAGAGAAGCCGCGCGCAAUACAUCAUUUGCAAUUCUCAGCCUCGAGUAUUUACGUGCGACGAACUUCAAACAUUACAAGCACAGAUCUAUCUCGUGUAAAUGUCCCACGAAAAACAGCAAACAGGACGAAUUCUUUAAUUUAUCAGUACAUAAAUAAUAGCGUCAAGGGUUAGCGGCUAGACUUCUUCUCGACUUCGGAGCACUGUAGGUUCAAUCGGAGCAAAAACUCCCAUUAACGAGGAUAUUGUCGGACCGCGGGAAGCUUUCGCAGGAGCAUGGAACUUGCGCUUGAGAGAAGGUCAAAGCUUGCGAAUACAACUCCAUUGUGCUAACUUUGAUAUUUCCUCCCGUGUGCUUUUCGAGCUUUAUUCAAGCGGCAAGGACCGUACCACGGACAGAAUGAGAAAAUCUAUAAGCAAGCUAGGUCAAUCAAUUUAUUCCCGCCGACUUUUCUCCUCGAGCGUGUCUCGCGAGCUUUUUCCGAGAUACGCGAGCUUGCGCGGCACUCCAGGAGAAAUAAGAAAAAUUGAGAGAGAACGUACCGGAGGUCUAUACCAAUGCGCGUGCGGUACGUGUGGGCACGUGUCUUCCUCUAUCGCACUGGCAAAACGCUCGAGGAAAAGCACAAGGUCUGCUUGCGGAACACUUCGCUAUCCUAACUUGCUUUAUAGCUCCCAACGGAAUGUCUACGUAGUGUACCUUACGUUGGCCAAAGAAGCACUUACAAGUUCAGCGAUGCUCGAGUCCGUGCUUUAUUGAAUCACGCGAGAAAGCCACGUGGCCGGUCCUGCGACACGGUCCACGUAGCGGAGGCUGUGACGUAGCUAUGACAAACUGCCGAGGCAAAAGUGAAACAUUCGUUAUUUCGCAUGAGCUUCCGCGAAGCUUUUAUAUCCUCGUGCCACUAUCGUCAUCGGAUACUAUCUCGUCUAUGCAGAUGCUGGAAUUCCCAUUGCAUACAUAAUGACCCGAAUUUGAAUUGGGAGCUUUCGUGCGAGCUUUUGAUUUCGCAGCGUGUAAAUCGACGCUACGUCAACUCGGCACCUUCGCGUAAAUUCUCCGUCAUUCGAUGCCGUUAGUGUUCACGUGUAAAGGACGUGCGAAUUCAUGAGAACUCUUAAUGCCUCCUACAAAGCAGAUUCGUUCGAGAUAAAAUUCUGGCCGAUUAAUUGAGCGCUUUCUGAGCUCGAGAUAAAUCACGACCAAGUUCCUCCUAUCUGCUCGAGUGUGGCCUGCGAGGAUGAGUCGAGGGCAAAAACCAUUUAUUUUCGUAAUAUUCCACGGAACGCGUAAACAGCAUUGUAGGGAAAAAUCGAUUAUAUCUCAACCCCAAGGAGAAGACCUUGGUUCUCGCCUCUACUCGUGGGACUCGACCUUCGCCAUCUUCGAGGAGAAGCGUGACAAGCACGCACGGACCUCCGAUCUCUCUGGACCUUGCACGAGGUUCUUUCUUGAGCGACGGUUGUGAAACGCGGACGCCUCGCGUCGCGACGGAGACGCCUGUAUUGUACGAUCCAUAACGUUUUCAUGAUCCUCAAGUUACUCAAGUCGAAAACGUUUUAACGUCACUCGCAAAAUCGAUGACAAGGCUGUAUCUGCUGGAGCUUCGUUCAAAUGCACUCAGUGGAAGAUUAGCACAAUUUUGCAUAAGAAAAAAAAAAAAAGUAAGGAAAAGAAAAGUUCAGGGAUUGAAAGGUAUUUUUUGCGAGGAACCAAAGAAUAA